AGGCGCCCAGAGCUAUUUGGGCGGGAAAAGACGGCGGGCGGAGCGGCUGUGGCUAGGGCUUCGCGCAGUUCGCGGGGCAGCCUCUUCCCGGCAUGGGGCUGCUGGAGCUGUGCGAGCAGGUGUUUGGCACCGCCGACCUCUACCAGGUGCUGGGCGUGCGGCGCGAGGCUUCCGACGGCGAGGUCCGACGCGGCUACCACAAGGUGUCCCUGCAAGUGCACCCCGACCGAGUAGAGGAGGACCAGAAAGAGGACGCCACCCGCCGCUUCCAGAUCUUGGGAAGAGUCUACGCGGUUCUGAGUGACAAGGAACAGAAAGCAGUGUACGAUGAACAGGGGACAGUGGACGAAGACUCUGCUGGCCUCAACCAAGACCGGGACUGGGAUGCAUAUUGGAGAUUACUCUUUAAAAAGAUAUCGCUAGAGGAUAUUCAAGCUUUUGAAAAGACAUACAAAGGUUCAGAAGAAGAACUAAACGAUAUUAAGCAAGCCUAUCUGGACUUCAAGGGCGACAUGGAUCAGAUCAUGGAGUCUGUGCUUUGUGUACAAUACACAGAUGAACCCAGGAUAAGAAACAUCAUUCAAAAAGCUAUUGAUGCCAAAGAGGUUCCAUCCUACAAUGCCUUCGUUAAGGAGUCUAAACAAAAGAUGAAUGCAAGGAAAAGAAGGGCUCAGGAAGAGGCUAAAGAAGCAGAGUUGAGCCGAAAGGAGCUGGGGCUGGAAGAAGGAGUGGACAACCUGAAAGCACUCAUCCAGAGCAGACAAAAGGAUCGGCAAAAGGAAAUGGACAAUUUUCUGGCACAAAUGGAAGCAAAAUACUGCAAACCUUCCAAAGGAGGGAAAAGAACACUCAAGAAGGAAAAGAAAUAAUGGAGUUUUUCUCUUCAUGGGCCCUUAUAUGUCGGAGGUAUGGUGUAGACAAGGUGAUGACAGCCGCUGAGAGAAGUUGUCUGUCCUGCCUAAGCCAAGCAGGCUUCAUCAGCCCGAUCUUAGUAGUUUCUAGAAUUCACCUAACACUGUGUGAGGGCUUCAUGUGAAAGAUGUGCAGUGGUGAUGGUUGGGAGGGGUGGGUUUGCUGGGUCUUAUGCCCAAAAAUCUAUUUACAAUAUUGGUUUCUGUGGACUGCUUUUGCUGAUGUGCAUGCACUGAAGAGAGAUACUCUAUCUAUGGAGAACACCCCCAGAGAACACUUGUGGAAUAGCUUCUUCUAAAUAAAUGCCAGCGUGCUUUGGUCUUAAUCCUACACAGAUCUUUUCUUGUUCUACCAUUGGAUUUUGUUUUCUGUCCUUGCAGUAAGAGACAUGGGCAUUCAUAUUAUUGCAAACUUUUUCAUAAGAUUGUAUAUGGCUAAAUAAAGAAAAAAUGACAAA